AUGGUACCCUUCCAGGUGGUGGAAAGACAAGGGUUUAAAGACAUGGUCAAGACGCUCGACCAACGAUACGACAUCCCCAGUCGCAAAUAUUUCGCUGAAGUGGAAAUGCCUCACCUGCAUGAGGAGGUCCGUGGGCGAGUGGAGCAGGAGCUCCGCCAAGUGAAACACUAUGCAACAACCACGGAUUUGUGGUCAAGAAGGACCAUGGACCCAUACCUUAGCCUCACCGUGCACUACAUCACGGAUGAAUGGAAACUCCACAGCAAGUGUCUCCAGACGUCCUAUUUCCCCGACGACCACACGGGGACCUUGAUCGCCCAAGGGCUGAGGGAAGCGCUGGAGUCCUGGGGACUUGAUGAGCGGCUGCAAGCGUGCAUAACGACUGACAAUGGCGCAAACGUGGUGAAAGCCACCGACUUGAACGAUUGGACCCGCCUCCAGUGCUUCGGACACAGGCUGCAUCUGGCCAUAGAGGCGAGUGUGAAGCUACCCGAGAUUGAGCGUGCGGUCGGGGUGUGCAAGAAGAUCGUCAGUGCAUUUUCCUACACACACAAGAGGAGGAAGGCGUUGGCCAAAGCUCAGGCUGAGCUGCACCUGCCUCAUCAUCGCCUAAUCACAGAGACGCCAACAAGAUGGGGGUCGCGUCAACAGAUGAUCGCGCGAGUGCUGGAGCAAGAGAAAGCCAUUACACAGGUCCUCAAAGAGGAUAAAAAAACCAGGCACCUGGCUCCAUCUUGGCAGGACCUUGAUGGCCUGGAAUCGGUCAACAGGGCCCUGAGUCCUCUCGUGGAGUUUACUGAUGCACUGUCUGGUGAAGAAUACGUCAGUGUGUCAUAUCUAAAACCGGUGCUUCAUCUCCUCAACACCACAGUUCUGGCUUCCGCAGAGGAUGACACCACAGUAACAAAGCGUAUAAAGGGGGGCAUUCUGCAAUACUUGAAUGACAAAUAUGAUGAUCCUGCCACCGACGACCUCCUGGAUAUGGCCUCCCUGGUCGACCCACGCUUCAAGAUGGCAUAUGUUGCAGACAACCGCAAAGCCUACAUCAAAGCAAAAGCAAUGGCAGAAAUGCAGGCCCUUUUGGAAAAACAGGCACAAUCACCAUCCACCCAAGCUUCAUCAUCCACACAUUCACCACCACAUAGCAGCACAGAGGCUGCUGAUGCUGUUGAUGCUGCUGAAGUUGUCGAGGCUAAGCGGAUGAAGCGCAGUCUGGGCAGCUUUUUCAAAAAGGAUUCCAUUCCCGGCCCAGCUGCUCGCCCUGACAGAGAAGCCAUUGAGAUUGAGUUCCAAAGCUACCUGCAUGCACUGGAGGUUGAUGGGGAGGCCAACCCGUUAGACUGGUGGAGGCUGCAUGAGCCAAACUUCCCAAGAGUGGCAAGCCUGGCAAGGAAGUAUUUGUGCAUUCCGGCCACCAGUGCUCCAUCAGAGAGGGCUUUCAGCACUGGUGGCAAUAUUGUCACGUGCCACAGGGCGGCACUGAAGCCGGAUAAUGUAGACAGGCUUGUCUUUCUGGCUAAAAACCUCCCAUGA